AGAGGCAGCUGGAAGUUUCUCCUCCUCAUGAUCACUGCUUACUGUUUCACGGCGCAAAAGAUAUCAAAUAUUCUACUUCAAAUGCAUAAAAAUGUGAUUUAAUUAAGGUUUGGCAGUUUUGAGUAUUUGGACAAAGAAAGUUAUAGCCUAUUAUUGUGCGCAUAAAUGUGUUCGCCAGCCUACAUCAGUUAACGUUCAAAUCUGUAUACCUUAACUUCUACGAACUGGUUUGACGCACGAUACCAAUAAACGUGACCCACUGACCCAGAUCAAUGUUAAUAAGGAACUUUCAAAAUAAAUAGGCCUACUUUUUUAUUUUUUCUCUCAAGCUAAGUCUUUUCUGUGUUUACACUCGGCGGCUCCAUCUCCCUCCACUUUGUACUCAUGCAUGCUGCAGGACUGCUAGUAUUGUUGGGCAGAGUGAUUGGGGUUUCUGUACAAUCUCCCGUGACCAAUGAGCGGGGUGCUGUCAGGGGUAACCACAUCUGUCAACCGUUCUUGGCCAAUAAAGAGCGGAGCGAGGCGGACCACAGGUGCGCGCCUCUGCGUCCCCUUGGCACAGCGCCCGGGAGAUGCUGGAGAGAGACGCCUAGCUGCCCCGUGGCGCAAAAGAGUUACUGUCAAAGGCAGCCUCCUUUUAACUCCAGCUAUCACUCUGGCUCCGAUAGUUAUGGCGACCGCAACAUCCAACCACUACAGCGUCCUCACCACCCCCAGCAGCGCGCCGCCGCCGCACUCGGAGUCCGGGAGCAUGCAGCAGGCGGCAGCGUACAGGGACGCGCACACCCUGCUCCAGAACGACUAUAGCACGUUACCGGGCGGUGGACAUCCGCUCAGCCACGCGCACCAGUGGAUAACGGCGCUGUCUCACGGUGACAGCGGGGCGCCCUGGCCAUCUAGUCCCCUCGGAGAACAGGACGUGAAGCCCGUACUGCACGACAGUGACCGAGAGGAGCUGCAGAAUUCCAGCAGUCUGCAGCAACAGCAGCAGCAGCAGCAACAGCAACAGCGACACCCUCACCUAGCGCACCAGCAGGCGCAUCACGACGCCAGAGCAUGGCGAACCAGCACAGCCACCACGCACAUCCCCGGCAUGGCGACAUCUGAGGGCCAGAGCCUGGUGUAUUCCCAGUCCGGCUUCGGUCUGAUGCCAGGGGGAGAGCAAGGGGGGAUGCACCACCACCCCCUGCGGGACGAGGACCACCACAGCCACAGCCCGCACCUCAGUGAACACGGAGGCGGCCCUGGGGCCCACCAGCAGUCUCUCUCACACCAUCACCAGCACGGCCAGGACCACUCAGACGAGGACACGCCGACCUCAGACGAGUUGGAGCAGUUCGCCAAGCAGUUCAAACAGCGACGCAUCAAGCUGGGCUUCACCCAGGCGGACGUUGGACUGGCCCUCGGGACGCUGUAUGGAAACGUCUUUUCUCAGACCACCAUUUGCAGGUUCGAGGCGCUUCAGCUCAGCUUCAAAAACAUGUGUAAACUCAAGCCCUUGUUGAACAAGUGGCUGGAGGAGGCGGACUCCACCUCGGGCAGCCCCACUAGUCUGGAUAAAAUCGCGGCACAGGGAAGGAAAAGGAAAAAGAGGACCUCCAUCGAGGUGGGCGUCAAAGGAGCUCUGGAGAGCCAUUUUCUCAAAUGUCCAAAACCAGGAGCAGCGGAGAUCAACUCUCUAGCGGACAGUCUGCAGCUGGAGAAGGAGGUGGUGAGGGUUUGGUUUUGUAACCGGCGGCAGAAGGAGAAGAGGAUGACACCCGCUGGGGGACAGAUACCAGGAGGAGAGGACAUGUACGGGGACACCCCUCCUCACCACGGAGGACAAACUCCUGUGCAGUGACCCCAGUCCGUUAUUCUGAGCAAGACACGGACCCCUUAAGGAGGAAUAAUGCCUCCUUAUUUGUUUGAUUCUCUGUGCUGGACCGCUCGAAACUGGACCUCAGCCAGCUUAAACGUUGGACCCACGGACACACACAGUGGGGAUAUACAGUGGCACCCAAGCACUAAAAAUACGCAUAGCAGAGAGCUGUAUGGAGAGGUUUAAUGCCGCGGAACUGCCAAGCAUACGGCUGGUGUGUGCUAACCAAAAAAAGAAAACAGCGACAUUGAUACGAAAAUGCUUUUCUUUACCUUCUACCGAGGCGCUAAUGUGUCGUUAUGUAAUGUGUCAUUAAAGAAAGACAGAGUCGGAUGUGGGCACAAGGUGUCCGCG